AUGCUCCUCCCCCACCACCAGGCGGAGGUAGCUACGGUGCGGUCCCACCGCCACCAGGUCUGUAAUCCCACAGUUGUUGCGCAGGCGGGCACAUUGGUACUCUGCUAC